UUAGCCGUAUUAUUAAUAUUUUUGAACAGCACAGAUCAAUAAGCAGACAAGUUGCCAGUUAUUGCUUCUAUAAUAAAGUUUUUUCUUAAAUCAGUGGUUACACGCCGUUGAAGUUUUAGUCACGUCAUCGGCGUAUUUUUUGAAUUAUAUAUACUUCUGUUCGUACAAUUUACUUUUCGUACAAUUUAACAUUGCGAUCUUUUAUUUUACUCGCUAAAAUGGGUCUGCUGCAGUAGCCAAUUUCAAAUUACAUUUUUGCUUCUGAGAGGUAACACAGAACACUACAUUCUAAGAACUUGAUAAAACUCAUGCAAAAAUAAAUCCUCGUGCUCUUAUCAAAAAGAGCAACGUCUCGAACACGGAAUCUUAUUGUUUAUAUUAAAUUCUUUUUACUCUCAAAAUUCUUUGUUAGCCAGAAACUGGCGGAAAAAUAAUGAGACACAACUUGAUAUGAAGUUAUAUUAUUUUCUGUAACAUUUAUACUACUUCUUCAGGUGAUAGAUAUUUACAAGCGGUUGAUACAAACAUAAAAAAAUAUUCGUUCUAUUAGCAAUUUAUCUAUACUUCUGCGUGUAAAAUGGCAGGGGAGGGAAGUGGUACGAGGGGUCACUUGAGGUGUCGAGUGUGUGUGGUUGGGGCGGGACCCAGUGGUCUGAACACUCUCCGGGCACUGCAGAGUGUGAUAGGGGGCAGAAAAGUGCACGUGACCUGCUACGAGAGAUACGACUCUAUAGGGGGCAUAUGGAACUUCAAAGGUCGAGAGGGAAUUGAAGAAGACGGCCUUGAAGUGCAUUCGAGCAUGUAUGAGAACCUGGUCACGAAUGCUCCCAAACCGACCAUAGAGAUACCCGAGUUCCUGUUUCCCGAAGACGGGCCAGAACUCUCGGGCCAUCCCAGUUUUCCUACUCAAGACUAUGUGCUUAAUUACUUGAAAGGAUUCGUGCACCAAUUUAAAUUGAAUCAGUACAUCCACUUCAAAACAUGGGUUCAACACGUGAGGUUCGACAAAGGGUCAGAAAAGUUCAUAGUGACGGUGAAAGACUUGCAGACAUCAAAGGAAAGAGAGGAGGACCCGUUCGAUUACGUCAUAGUUGCGACUGGACAUUUCAACUACCCCAAUUAUGUUCGAUAUCCAGGACAGGAAACGUUCAAGGGAAAAGUGAUUCAUUCCAAGCAGUUUUUGGAAGCGAGAAGAUACAAAGGGCAGCAAGUGUUGGUGGUGGGUGGAUCCUAUUCAGCAGAAGACAUAGCCCUGCAAACGAUAGAGGCAGGAGCGGAGAGAGUGACCAUAUGCUACAGGACACAGCCAGUAGGGAACACAUGGCCUCAGGGCAUAGAUCAGAGGGCCAUACUCACACACAUUCAUGGCAGUACUGUUCAUUUCGCCGACGGAUCUCAGAGCAAUUAUGACGUCAUUAUUUACUGCACGGGAUACUUGUUCAAAUUUCCUUUUAUGGAGGAUAGUCUGAAGCUGGAGACAAAACAGAGAAUGGCUCCGCCUCUCUACAAACAAGUAGUGUUUCCAGACAACCCUAAACUACUCUAUAUUGGAAUGCAAGACCAGUUCUACACAUUAACAAUGUUCUGGCUGCAAGGACACCUUUGCGCCAAAAUUAUCAGUGGUGAGGUCAAAAUUCCAUCUAAAGCUGAAAUGCUAGCUGAAAUAACGGAAAGACAAACGGAAGCAGAAAAGUUGGUUGAGAAUAUGGAAAAGAUAGAUUUUCAGACGAGAUACGUAAACGAAUUAUCCGAAAUAACAGGCCAAGUGAGCGUUGAUGCCAAAAAAGAGUUCGAACGGAGAGAGAAAGACAGAGCCGAGGAUCCAUCUGGUUACAAACUGAAAACUAACUACAAUAGUUUGUACAAGAAAUAA